AUGAAAGUCGUCGCUCCGCUCCUCGCCGCCGCCGGGCUGGCCAGCGCGCACACAAUCUUCUCCUCGCUCGAAGUCGGCGGCGUCAACCAGGGCGUCGGGCAGGGAGUGCGGGUGCCGUCGUACAACGGGCCGAUCGAGGACGUGGCCUCAAACUCGCUGGCGUGCAACGGGGCGCCGAACCCGACGUCACCGACCAGCAAGGUGAUCACGGUGCAAGCCGGCUCAAACGUGACGGCCAUCUGGCGGUACAUGAUCGGCACGACGGGCAGCGCGCCCAACGACGUCAUGGACAUCACCCACAAGGGCCCGACGCUCGCCUACCUCAAGAAGGUGUCCGACGCGGCGGCCGAUGCCGGCCCCGGCGGCGGCUGGUUCAAGAUCCAGCAGGACGGGCUGGCCAGCAACGGCGUGUGGGGCACCGAGCGUGUCGUCACCGGCCAGGGCCGCCACGACAUCCGCAUCCCUGCCUGCAUCGCCCCCGGCCAGUACCUGCUGCGCGCCGAGAUGAUUGCCCUCCACGGCGCUGGCAACUACCCCGGCGCCCAGUUCUACAUGGAGUGCGCCCAGAUCAAUGUGGUUGGCGGCACCGGCGCCAAGACGCCCGCCACCGUCAGCUUCCCCGGCGCCUACUCGGGCACCGAUCCCGGAAUCAAGAUCAGCAUCUACUGGCCCCCCUUGACCAGCUACACGAUUCCCGGCCCCAGCGUCUUCACCUGCUAG